AUGAAGAAUUUUGGAGAAUAUCAUAACUUAUAUCUUGAAACAGAUGUACUUUUACUUGUGGAUGUUUUCAUGAACUACACUAUUAUAUGCUUGAAAGAUGAUGGCUUAGAUCCUUCCUAUUAUGUCUCAACACCUGGAAUGUUUAAUGAUUCCUUAUACAAAAGUAGUGGAGCUGAACUUAAGCUUAUGACAAAUAUAGACGAAUACUUGAUGGUUGAGAAUAGCAUUCAAAGAGGGAUGACAAUGGCAAGUUACCGAUAUGCUAAAGUGAAUAAUCCUAAAUGUUCUGACUAUGAUCCUAGCAAGCCAAAGUUUUGGGUACUAUAUGAGGAUUUUAAUGCUUUAUAUUCAGGUGCAAUGACGCAAUAUAUGCCCACAGAAAUAUUAGAAAAGGUAGGUCCAGAGAAAGUUCUGGAUAUUCGAAGUAUUGCGCCUGAUGCAGAAAUAGGUUAUACACUUGAAGUUGAUCUAGAAGUUCUAGUACAUUUGCAUGAUUUCUUUGCAGACUAUCCGUUAGUGCCUGAAAAGCAAAUAGUUCCAGAAGACUGGCUUAGCUUGUAUAAUGAAAGAUUAGUCUAUGAUAAAGAAGUUGGGGUAGAAAAUACAUGUCUAGAGAGAAGUUGGUUCAGACCUUUUUUACUAAGAAGAAUUAUCGCUCUCAAGUUUAGACAAUCUCCAUGGAUGAAAGAAUAUAUUAAGGAAAAUAUUCGCAAAUGCAAAAUAGCCAAGGUUAAUGAAGAUGAGUUUGGG